GUCGUUCGUCCUCCCAUUAGUUGGUUCAGAUCAUCAGUCAACCUUUUCACCGUCAACACUAAUCAUCAACCUGAAACGCAACAAUCAACAACAAUCAAAUCAACGCCAUUAAAAGCAAUCGCUCAUUUCCAUAAGCAAAUUACUGUUACUCCUUGUCAACCAUUUUCCUCCCUUCUCACCACCACCUUCAUCUCCUCGUCUUCCUCUUCCACCACCAACACUUUUCCACCUCUCGUUAAAUUUACUCUACUUUUCUGUUUGUUUAUCUUUUUCUAUCUCUUCAGUUCAUCAAUUUAUUUAUCAAAUUCUCAUUUUAAAUCAUCACCAUCAUCAUUCAGUAACCAUAUUGUUCAAAGAAUGUCAAGUGAUACCUGUAAAAGUUCAUUCGAUGUGGACAAAGUUUGUAAUUGUCUCAGAAAGUACAACGAAGAUCCAAAUGCUUCGAGUCUCGAUCUUUAUAUCGAAGCUUAUAAGGAAUUACAAAAGUUCUUUGAAUGUCUUGGAACUGUGUUCUCAUUUGUGACCUCCGAUGUCGAGAGUAAGAUCAAUAUUCUUGAGACCUAUCGAAAUGAUCCUAAGUGUAACGAUGAUUAUGUUACUCUACAAUCAAUGAUGGAGUACGAAGCUAAACAUAAUCUACUUCGAAGUGAAGAAAGACCUUCAGGUGCUCGCACAUUGUUGAGAUUACAUCGAGCUCUUGCAUUUAUCUCUAAGUUCAUCUUGGAAGUGAGUAAACUUGAAGAUUCGGCGGCCACUGGACCAGCGGCUCGAACUGCUUACCAGGCCACUUUAGCUAAAUAUCAUCCGUGGGUGAUCAGGAAAACCGCUUCAUUAGCCAUGUAUGGAUUACCUAAUCGUGAACAGUUAAUUGUACGAGCCUUUGGUGGUGAACCAGGGGACGAUAAGGAUAAACUCACCCAAACCAUGAUAACUUUGGCUGAACUAUCGGAAACCGCUUAUAAUAUAACCAAUAAACUUUACGAAGACAACAAUUUACUUGAUUUACCUUAAAGGACUUGAAAUUGAUGCCACAAAGGAUUAAUUAUCAAUCGUCUCAUCGUCAUAAUCAACAGCAAUCAAGAUCAAAGCAACAAUUAAGUUUCUCAUCAUUAACCUGAUCAAUAUUAAUUUUCUCUCUCUUUCAUUGAUUGUGACAUAUUUUUAUUUUUAUGGCAACUGUAAAUCCCUAUUUCCGUUUCCUCCUCAUCCGCAUCCUUAUAUUUACCAAUCACCGGUUCUGUUGGUUAAUUGUUUUUCCCUUUUCACUAUUUGCAAUUUGUUAAUCAUUCAUUUUGUCUGAUUGGUAUAAUUUGUGAUUAUCUUUAAUUUAGUUCUUCUUUUUUUUCCGAGGAAUAGACGUAAACGAACAAUUAAUUUUAUUAAUACCAUUAAUUGGAAAUGAUUUCAAUUACAUUUGCCUUUUAGUGUUGCUAUUUGACAAUUAGGAAAAUUGUAAUUAGUUAAUUUUUGUGCACUUGAAUUUAUCCAAAUAACAAUCCCGAAUCCUUAAUCAAACAA